UUAAUGGCAUUAUUUUUAUGUUUUAUUAAUGUAUGACUGACAGAUAUGCAUCACAAAUGUAUUAGUUUGUUUAUGUUAAUAGUGUGCAAUCCAAACAGAUGGAAAUUUAUACGCAAUUCAGAUAUAUAAAUCUUAAAUUCAGGCCUAAAUAUGUGUAUUGGCUCCUCCUUUAAAUCCGUUCUGGAUCUUAUAUCCUGAGCUACUAUAUUAUUUGAUUUUUGAGAUGCUAGCACACAGAAACGGUGUAAACCUGAGCAGGGUGGGUCCGCUCAUUUGCAAUGCAUAUUGAAGGCUGGACGUCCUGCCGGCUCAUUUUAGCCGAGUUCCCCCGAAGUCCUUCAUUCUCAGCGGGGACAAUGAGUUCAGGACUGAAGCUUUAGACCACAUUACUGUGGUGAUCCGUCCAAAAUGAAUCGAAACCGCUACACGCUUCUGGAGCCUGAUGUCAAAGAGUACCUGGUGAAGGGAGACAGGUUCACAAAAUGGAAAGAAGACUCCAAGAAAACCACACCGGUCACCAUGAAGAUGGAUCCGAAAGGAUUUUACCUGUACUGGAUCAACCAGAGCAAGGAAACAGAGUUUUUGGACAUUGCCACCAUCAGGGACACAAGAGCGGGAAAAUAUGCCAAGCUCCCUAAACAUCCAAAGGUUCGUAACGUCUUCAACAUGGAUUUUCCUGACAGCCAUCAUCUGGCCAAAGCGCUGACCAUCGUGACGGGAACAGACACCGUCAGCCUCACCUAUCACAACUUCUUUGCUGCUAAAGAAGUGGCCCAGACGUGGACUGACGACAUCCUGGCUAUAGCAUAUAACACACUGAGAGCGAACGCCUGCAGACAGUUCUUCCUGGAGAAAGUGUAUGUCCGCCUCUCACUGCAGACCAACAAAGAUGGGAAAAUCCCUGUUAAAAAUAUCUUUAAGAUGUUUCCAGCAGACAAGAAAAGGGUUGAAGCUGCUCUGGCCGCAGCAAGUCUCCCCAAAGGAAAGUUUGACACCAUCAAGCCUGAUGUGUUCACUGAAGCAGCCUUCAAGACCUUCAUACUCAAUCUGUGUCCCAGACCUGAAAUCAAUGAAAUCUUCACGUCCUUCACGAAAGGAAAGGGAUUCAUGACAAAGGAGAUGAUGACCAAGUUCCUGAACGAGAAACAGCGAGAUUCCCGUCUCAAUGAGGAGCUGUUUCCGCUCGUCAGACCCGAACAGGUGAAGAAUCUCAUCGAGAAAUACGAGCCGAGCUCGUCCAACGCCAGCCGCGGUCAGAUUUCUCCAGAUGGUUUGAUGUUUUAUCUGAUGGGAUCUGAGACAUCAGUGGUGAAACUGGACAAACUGGCCCAGAGUCACGAUAUGACCCAACCCAUCCCACAUUACUUCGUCAAAUCCUCCCACAACACCUAUCUCACAGCGGGGCAGCUGACGGGCGUCUCGUCUCCGGAGAUGUACCGCCAGUGUCUCCUCGCCGGGUGCCGCUGUCUGGAGCUCGACUGCUGGAAGGGCAAACCUCCGGAUGAAGAGCCAAUCAUCACCCACGGCUUCACCAUGACAACCGAGAUCCUCUUCAAGGAUGUGAUCGAAGCGAUUGCUGAGAGCGCCUUCAAAACAUCCAAGUAUCCUGUGGUCCUUUCCUUUGAGAACGUCGAUUCAGUGAAGCAGCAGGAGAAGAUGGCCCACUACUGCAGGACGAUCUUUGGAGACGCUCUGCUCGUUGACGUACUGGACAAAUAUCCUCUGAAGCCGGGUCAUCCGGUGCCGAGUCCGUCUGAGCUGAUGGGUAAAAUACUGAUCAAGAAUAAGAAAAGCAGCGCACCUGCCAGCAAACCAGAACAAGCCAAGAAAGCAUCUGGUCACGAACAAACAAACACACCUGCGGACGAUUCGGAGUCCAACCAACCCGCCGAUCCAAACCAACCCGCUCCAGCUAACCCAGAGGCCAGCGACCCGCCGCCAGCAACCGCUGCUCCAGAUGAGCGUGAAGAACAUGAUGACCACGAUGAACAGGAUGAAGAGAAGAUGAAGAACUCUGAUGAGGGAACCGCUGGACAGGAAGUGACAGCGUAUGAAGAGAUGUCCGCUCUGGUCAACUACGUGCAGCCCAACAAAUUCAUCUCUUUUGAGAACGCAGCCAAAAAAAACAAGAGUUUUGUCAUCUCUUCCUUCGUGGAAACCAAAGGGGAGAGUCUGAUCGCUAAGAACGCUGUGGACUGGGUCGAAUAUAAUAAGAGGCAGAUGAGUCGUAUCUACCCUAAAGGAACCCGUGUGGACUCUUCAAACUACAGUCCUCAGCCCUUCUGGACCGCCGGCUGCCAGUUUGUGGCGCUCAACUACCAGACUAUGGAUUUCCCCAUGCAGCUGAACAUGGCUCUGUUUGAGUUUAACGGCAGGACGGGUUACCUCCUCAAACACGACGUGGUCCGUCGCAGCGACAAGAAGUUUGAUCCUUUCACCGACAGGAUUGACUAUUUACAGGUCUUGCUGCCGGAGAUGGCUUACCUCAGACUCGUGGUUCAGGAGGAGGGAGGCAAGUUUUUAGGGCACCGAAUCAUCCCUCUGGACGCUCUGCAGACAGAACCUGAACCAAAACCAGAACCUGAAGCCAAACCAGAGGAAAAAACAGAACCCGAAACAAAACCAGAGGAAAACACUGAACCAGAACCAGACCCUGAACCAAAAUCAGAAGAAAAAAAGAGCGCGGGCAAGAAGUCUGGAGAUGAUCCCGGUGAUCAGAUGAAUGAACUCAAGCAGAAGCUGAAGUCGGAGCUCAGGGCGCUACUAGUGGAGCAACACGAUCAAAUCAAGAAGAAGAAAGAACAAAACAACACUGAGCGUUUGACCAAACUCCUGGAAAUGGCCACAGAGAAGCACUGCAGUGAGGUCAAGGCACUCAACAGUGAGCCCAAGAAGAAAAACAAAAUGAAGAAAUGCAAAAGUACGGAGCAGCUUGACAAUGAUAACGCUCAGUCGGCUAAUAACAGCAGCGCUGAUGGUUCACCGCAGGGACAGAGUCUGAAGAAGAAACAGGCCGUUACGCUGGCCAGCAUCAGAGAUCUGAUCAGUCAGCUGAAUAAAGACGCCGUGGCCGAACACGCCAAGAAGAUGUGGUCUUUGCCCGGUGACCUGUCCGAGGCCGUCAACUCCUGCGUCCAGCCGCAUUUCCCAGAGCUUGUGGAGAAAGCCGGGGAGAACCGCUCUGAAAACACCGGACAGUACAACCAUGUGUUCGUAGGAUGAAUGAACAACAGGAGUUUGACUUUAAUAUUUACCAUUUUGAUUUAUUUGACACUUGUUUAUAUUUUAGUAUGCACUGUGUUCUUUUCAUUAGGUAAGACAAAACUAAGGACAUGUUGCUUUAAUGCGAAUUAAUACUCAACAUCUCAGAAAAAUCAGGGGGAAAUUAUAGAGCUGUCACGAUUCCUCGAUUCAAUUCGAGUACUCGAUUUUAAGGUCUGUUCUAAUUACCACAAAAAAAAAAAUCAUAAUUAUCCGAAUACUCGAUUAAUCGUCAGAAUAAUCGACCGAUUACGCGAUUACCGAAAUAAUCGUUAGUGACAGUCCUGGAAAAUUAGUGUCGAAUGAAAAAAAUCUCAUGAAAACUGUCAAGAUCACAUCAGGGCCAUAUUUCACUUCAAAAU